AUGAUUAGAUUUCUAAUCGUAAUUUUUCACUUUUAAUCAAUUAUAACUCUGCAAAUUUUGGAAAUUGAUGUAAGAUAAAGUGUUAUGAAAUUCAAUUUCACUCAAAAAAAGUUAAAUUAGACAUUUCAAUUAAUAAUAUAAAAAGAGGAAACAUCCAAAUAUCUAUUAAUUGAACUAUUUGUUAAAAAUCAAUCCAAAUCAUCUCCAAAUUUGAUGUUAUUAUAGUCCUAUGGAUAAGCUCCUUUCUAUGAUCUACACUCUCCAAAAAAAAGAAUAAUUUGUGAUAACUAUGAUAUAAAUGGGUAUAUACAUUAUGAACUAUUAAGUAGAUAAUAAUAAUCAAAAAAAUAUCACUAUUUACAAUUGAACUUAGAUUAGAAUAGAGAUUUACAAUUAUAUUUGACUAUUCUAACCAAUAAAACUAAGAAUUAUUACUUACAAUUUACAGCAUCAAAUAUCAUAUAAUGUCCUAAUAAUUGCAAUAAAAAUGGAUAAUGCAUUGUAAAAUUCCUAUUAUAUAAAAUAAGCAUGGUUAAUGUUAAUGUAAGAAAGGAUUCUUAGAUGAAGAUUGCUCUCAAACAGCUUAACUAUUUUUACCAUUUAAAAUGUAGAACAUUUAGAUAUCAAAUUAAUAAUAUAUAUAUACAAUGUUCAAUACAACUUCUAAUUAUAGUUUAAGUUUAGCUUUUGAAUCAACAAACAUUAAUAAAUCGAAAAUAAAUAUACAAAUGUUAGUUUCAUAAAGAUAUAAUCUACCAUGUGAUAUUAACAAUAAUUAUAAUCAUACUGUUUGGGAUUAAAAAAGAGUAGAAAUUAAACUAUUAUAAGAAUCAUAUUUGGAGAGUAAUUUUAGUUAAUAAUCUCAUUAAAAUUUAUUGAUCAUCAAAUUAUCAUCUGAAGAAGAUAUUAAUUAUAAAAUAUAAUUAGAUUUUUAAAUACAUUACAGAUAAGAUAAAGAAGAAAUAGUAACAAUUAUAUUAAUUAUUACUUUAACAUUAAUUCUAAUAUUUGCUUUAUUUUUUAUAUUUUGGUAUUGUUUUAGGAGAUAAAAAAAGAAUUCUUCAAAUAACUAAUAAUUUAUGAUUCCAGCAUUAGUUGAUAUUGAUUUGAAUCCUUAAUGUUCAAUUUGUUUAGAAGAUUUUAUAAAAACUGAAGAAUAAUUAUAAUAAUAAGUUAAAACAGAUUGUUUACAUAUAUUUCAUAAAGAAUGCUUGAAUCAUUGGAGGAAAAAUCGAAAUACUUGUCCAAUUUGUAGAAAAUCAUUCAUAUGA